AACAGACAACAACUACUACUACUGUUAAUGCUGACACAAUUUUUUCUCUAAAAGGAUAGCAGGAAAAAAAAAAAAAAAAAAAAAAAAAAGGCUUACACUCACAAUUCUACUCUGUCACCUCAAGGUUACAGCUGCACUGCAAUAUUUUCUCUAGAAAUGGCGGCAACUGCAGCUUCAAGCUUGCAAAUAGCAAUAGCUAGGCCAUGCAUACUCUCUACUAAAAGAAUUUCCGGUGUCUGUUCAACAAACUUUGGUGGUAUCACUAGAAAACUACCCUGGAAUAGACUUGCCAGUAGUUGUCACGUUUCAUCUAUUCAACAUUUUUGCCGCAAUUUCACAUCUACAACUCAAAAGUUACAGAAAGUUGUCACCAAGGCAAAAUCAGAAGGUGAUGAAAGCAAGCCUGCCUCUGGGUUGCCGAUUGAUUUGAAAGGCAAAAGGGCUUUUAUAGCUGGUAUAGCUGAUGAUAAUGGAUAUGGGUGGGCUAUUGCUAAGUCCUUGGCUGCUGCAGGUGCCGAAAUUCUAGUUGGAACUUGGGUGCCAGCCUUAAACAUUUUCGAAACAAGUCUACGACGUGGGAAGUUUGAUGAAUCACGCGUUUUGCCAGAUGGCUCUUUGAUGGAGAUUACAAAAGUUUACCCCUUGGAUGCUGUUUUUGACAGUCUUGAGGAUGUACCUGAAGAUAUUAAAGCAAACAAGCGUUAUGCUGGUUCUUCUAAGUGGACAGUUUCGGAAGUUGCAGAAUCCGUGAAGGAGGAUUUUGGCAGCAUCGACAUUCUUGUGCAUUCACUUGCUAAUGGGCCGGAGGUGACUAAACCUCUUUUGGAGACAUCGAGGAACGGAUACCUUGCAGCAAUAUCAGCAUCAAGUUAUUCCUAUGUGUCUUUGCUAAAGCAUUUCCUUCCAAUUAUGAACCCAGGUGGUUCUUCAAUUUCUCUGACUUAUAUUGCUUCUGAGAGGAUCAUUCCAGGAUAUGGAGGGGGAAUGAGUUCUGCCAAAGCAGCACUUGAGAGUGACACCAGAGUACUGGCUUUCGAGGCUGGAAGAAAAAAGAAAAUUAGGGUGAACACUAUAUCUGCCGGUCCGUUGAGAAGUCGAGCUGCAAAAGCAAUUGGUUUCAUAGAUAUGAUGAUUGACUACUCCAUAGCCAAUGCACCACUCCAGAAAGAAUUAUCAGCAGAUGAAGUAGGGAAUACAGCUGCCUUCCUAGCAUCGCCCCUGGCUUCAGCAAUUACUGGUGCGGUUAUAUAUGUUGACAACGGAUUGAAUGCAAUGGGCGUGGGUAUCGACAGUCCUAUAUUUAAAGACCUCAACAUUCCCAAGAGCGUGGAAUAGAAGAUAUUGCGUGCUAGGCGAAUUUGUAUUUGUGUACUAGUUAUUGUGGUUUUUUGAACACUGUUAUGGUCACAGCCAAGAAUGGCUUGGCCAGCGGCCUUUGCAAAAUCAUCUACUGUUGUAUGAUUGAUAUUUUAUAGAGUAAAUAAAAGUAAUGAGUUUCCGGUUUUAA